CAAUUCGCAAAGUUCAAACCCCACGUGCGUCGAUCCGAAUAAGACAGCCAACGCUGUUGUCGUGCUCAAUGCUAUCUUGGCGGAAAUGACCCGUCAAGUGGUGGACAUGAUCGACCCGUUGACCCCUGCGCCUGCGUACUGUGAGAAGGCAAUUCGUGGUCUUAGGCAAUUCAUGAGAUCGUGACAGAAUGACUAAGCACUGUCAGCAGUACCAACUGACCUAAACAAGCGCUCCCGCUACAAAAGGAAGAAUUUUAAGGAAGAUAAUAUUCCAGGAAGCUGUGUCGUCACGUGACCUUUACCAGUUAUAUAUAAAGCAUUGCUCACGAAGUUGAUCACUAAUCUCUAGAAAGACUAGGGUGGAUAACUAAGGAGAAGCCAGUCUUCAGGGUCUCACGUCAGCACAUCAUUGAAAGGAGGGAAUCACCAUGGAAAAGACCAACGUCCAAAGGGAUUCAGGUGAGCAACAAAAGGAAGAAGAAGAAGAAAAACAAAAGGAAGAAGAAGAAGAAGAACAACAACAACAGGAAGAAGACGCAGACAGCAGCCCGACGAAGCCUUUGGUGUCGGGAACCAUGACAAAGGUGAUUAAGGUCGCAGCUCCGGUUUUAGUAGGAGUGGGGGCUGUGGUAGCGACUCCGGUGGUGAUUGGUGCCCUUGGCUUUGGAACAGCAGGCAUCGCCGCUGGUUCUCUGGCUGCCAAACUAAUGUCACUCGCCGCCACAAGCGGGAUUGGAAUGUCGGUCAUCUCAACCUGUCAGUCCAUUGGAGCUCUGGCAGCGCUAAGUGUAUCACAAGCCGUUGCGGUGGGUGGUACGAUGACUGCUGCAACCGCUGGUAUCGGCAAAUUUGUCGGGUGGUUGCGGAAGAAGUAGAAGAUUCCAGAAGCCGACAGAAGCACGAAGAAGAGGUGCGAGACGCAGCAGGGUCACGUAAAUUUAAAAUAAUUCAUAAUUGCUUAUGUUGAUCUCAUUUUCACGACACUAAAAUUAAAUAAAACAAAUUUAGUGUGCAGUUCUAAAAAUGAACGUUCUAGUUAUAUUGUCAAGCAUAGUCAAGUUAAUUUUGCAGACAAUUUGUGGUAAGAUCCUUUUGAAUUCUGCUUACAAAUCGUACUUACAUUAAAAAAAAUAUGGACUUACCUUCUUGUUCCUGUCUUAAUAAUAACGAGUUAUGGUGCGAAUAAAAGAAAGAAAAUUA